AUGCGCCUUGCUCUUCACAAUCCUGAUGUCUGCUGGGACAAAAAGAACAACCCGGAGCCUUGGAACAAGCUGGGACUCAACGACCAGUACAAGUUCUAUGCGGUGAACAUUGACUACGACAAGCUGAAAAAGGAUCAGCCUGAUUUCUGAAGAGCAAACGUUCUCCCUCUUCAAGCUGCACAAGAUGAAGUGGUUUAGGUCUUCCAGAAGCCAUCCGCACAACUCAUACGCUUAAAUCAUCCAGGGCAUG